AUGGAAUACCCUUUUUCUUCCAAGGAGAGAGAUAUUGGGGAUUGGCAAUCUUCUGGAACUCAGUUGGUGGGAUCAGCAUCAUUAGAGGACAGAAUGAGCAAUUUAAUAUCAGAGGAUAUGCCCAAUAGCUUCUCUGAGCUCAUGAACUUUGAUAGUUAUGCUGGUUUGUGCAACAACCCAUCCAUAUCGGAUCAGAUUUUGGCUAAUCAGCUUCCGUCAUUUGGCUCAUUAUCAUAUUCGUCGCCUGAUGGAUUCGAUCUCAUCCAACAGAACAGUGGGCAAUGCUAUAUGUCAGGAGUUGGCAGAAAUAACAAUGAUAUGGAAAGUUCCGCCAUUUAUGGGGAGAAAGUUGUGUGUCAGCAAAUGGACACCCUACUUGGUUUCUUAAAUGAUGCAAAUGAAGCAAAUAAUUUAAAUUCUAAGCUAAAAAUUAACGGCUCUUCUCAACAUCUGAAUAACUCUGAUGCAGGCAAUUAUAUAAUGUCCAGGCCACCUUCUUUGUCACUUGAUGACAGAAUGCUGAGGGCUUUAUCCUUCUUUAAGGAAUCAGCUGGAGGGGGAAUAUUGGCACAAGUUUGGGUACCCAUAAAGGAUGGUAAUCAAUUCAUCUUAAGCACAAGUGAACAACCUUAUUUGCUAGAUCAAAUGCUUGCAGGGUAUCGUGAAGUGUCCAGGACAUUUAAAUUUUCCGCAGAAGGAAAAUCUGGUUGUUUCCAAGGACUUCCUGGUCGUGUAUUUACCUCCAAAGUUCCUGAGUGGACAUCAAAUGUUGGUUACUACAGUAUGAGUGAGUACUUAAGGUUCGAGCAUGCAAUUAAUCAUCAGGUUCGUGGAUCAAUUGCAUUUCCCAUAUUUGAUGUGCACUCGGAACAGUCAUGCUGUGCUGUACUGGAACUUGUCACUACAAAGGAAAAGCCAGAUUUCAACAGAGAGUUAGAAAUUGUUUGCCGUGCACUCCAGCUUGUAAAUUUGAGGACCACCAAGCCUCUCCGAUAUCUUCCCCAGUGUCUUUCAAACAACAAAAAAGCUACUUUGACUGAAAUAGUUGAUGUGUUACGAUCUGUCUGUCAUGCACAUAGAUUACCACUGGCACUGACAUGGAUUCCCUGUUUUUACACUGAGGGAUCAAGAGGUGAAGCUACAAGGAUGCAAAUUAAAGGGGGUCAUUCAAGUACUAGUGGAAAAAGCAUACUCUGCAUUGAAGAAUCUGCUUGCUAUAUAACUGAUAGAGCAUUGGCAGGAUUUGUCCGUGCAUGCACAGAACAUCAUCUUGAGGAAGGGAAAGGUAUAGCUGGGAAAGCUCUUCAAUCAAAUCAUCCUUUCUUCUAUCCUGAUGUGAAGACAUAUGAUAUUAGUGAAUACCCACUUGUCCAUCAUGCACGCAAAUAUAAUUUGAAUGCUGCAGUUGCUAUUAGGCUAAGGAGUACUUAUACUGAUGAUGAUGAUUACAUAUUGGAAUUCUUUCUGCCUGUCAAUAUGAGAGGGAGUUCAGAGCAACAACUUUUAUUAGACAACCUCUCAGGUACCAUGCAGAGAAUUUGUAGUAGUUUGAGAACAGUUUCAGAUGCGGAAUUAUCAAGAAUAGAAAGCUCACAAGUAAGGUUUGGAAAGAAAAAUGCCCCCUGCUUUUUUCCUUUGUCAAGUCAAAACUCUGAAGUAUCAUUAAUAAAUGGUGUGUAUCAAUCUGUCCCGAAUAUGUCAUUGAAGUCAACUAAUGUAAGAGACAAUGAAAUUGAUUCUUCUGCUAACCAGGGAAGAAAUGGAACAAAAAGACAGGUCCAUAAAAAUAGAAGUACAUCAGAGAAGAAUGUUAGCUUGAGUGUUCUCCAACAAUACUUUUCUGGUAGCCUGAAGGAUGCUGCAAAAAAAAUUGGUGUUUGCCCAACAACACUGAAAAGGAUAUGUAGGCAACAUGGAAUUUCAAGGUGGCCAUCCCGUAAGAUUAAAAAAGUGAGUCGAUCACUGAAGAAGAUACAGACUUUGCUCGACUCUGUCCGGGGAGUGGAAGGAGGGCUGAAGUUUGAUCCCUCUAUGGGGGCAUUUGUGGUAGCAAGGUCAACCAUCCAGGAAAUUGAUGCAUAUAAAAGUCUUCAGUUUUCUGAGAAAAGUAUUAUAAAAGACCCUUCACCUGUUACACAAGAAGCAGUCCUAGUACCAUCUGCACCUUGUAGUGAAAGUGAGAAAUUUUCAAUUAAGUUGGAGGGAAAAUUGAAGAAAAUGAAUGUUUUUUCAGUUGAUUGUAGUGAAGAUUCAAAAUCAAUUGCAAUAGAUAAUGGGUCGUGCCAGAUGGAAAGCCUUUGCACCAAGGUGCAAGAUUGUCCUGAACAAGCUUGUUUGGGUUCUGUUCUUGCAAAAGAACAGGAUAAACGGAUUCUCAACAAGAGUGGUUUUGGAAUAGAAAAUUUAAAAUGCAAUAUUCUUGGCCACAGUUCCAAUUCCUUGAUUGACAAUGAGAUAGACAUUGGUGUAGAUGGGGAUAAUGGGGUUGUUGAACCUAACCAACCUACUUCCUCAAGCUUGACAGACUCAUCUAUUGGUUCUGGUUCAAUGAUGCAUAGUAGUUCAUUAGGUUCUCAGAGCUUCGAGAACCAGAUUCAGUCCAAAGUCAAAUCAGCCAUUGUUGAUAGUGGGUCAAAACUAAUUGUCAAAGCUAUCUAUAGAGAAGACACCAUUCGUUUCAAAUUUGACCCGUCUGCUGGUUGUUUGAGGUUAUAUGAAGAAGUUGCAGCAAGAUUCAAACUACAAACUGGUUCAUUCCAGCUCAAAUAUUUAGAUGAUGAAGAGGAAUGGGUGAUGUUGGUGAAUGACGCUGAUUUGCAAGAAUGUCUAGAAAUAUUGGAUGAUAUUGGCACAUAUUGCGUCAGGUUUCUUGUUCGUGACGUGCCUUCUGUUUUAAGCAGUUCUGGCAAGUGCUGGAGUUUAAAUGGGAUUGCCUUUUUAACAUACUUUUUCAUUGGAUGCUCUAGCGGUUCUUUUAAAGUACUUAAAAAAGACCAAACUUCAAUGAUACUUCAGAUUACAGAUUAUGAAGAAUCGAUGAUUGCACCUGGAACAAUGUCUGAAUUAGCAUUUAAUAAAUAUAAGCGAUGGCAGUGGUGGUUUCUUGUGGCACUUAGCACGGCCUAUCUUAUCAAGGUCAAUCUGCUGGUGUUAUCCUUGGCAGGUUUUACUACGCUCAGGGUGGAAAUAGCCAAUGAUGGCUACUCUAGUUUAAACUGCUGCCUUCCCGAUCUUAUUCAUGAUAUUGUAUACAAUUCCUUCACCUUCAGACGCUUCAACUCUGUUUCACCUUCCAUUAUUGUUUUGAUAUAUAUGUUGUUCUACGUGUCUUGA